AUGUUUUUGAGAAAGUUACAAGUGCAAACAAGUGCAAAACAAUUAGAUAUUCAUGUUCGCACCGCUCAAAGAUGGUCUGACAAUAUGUUUAUAAAGCGUAAGAAAACCGGUCGCUCGAGCAUACUUCAUGAAGAACACAAGCAAGUGAUCUUGGAGUACAUAGAUGAGAAUCCUUCAGCCGCCUUGGAGCAAUCAAAGAAGGAGGAGAACAACAUCCGCAGCAGUCCGUUUCCAAGGCUGAGCACUAAAAAUUAUCUUGAGCUGGAAGAGCUAGAACCCGAACAGAUUUAUGUGAUUCCGAAUUUCUUGAAUGCCAAGGAAUGUGAAUCAGUCAUCACUUACUUUACAAAACACUUGCCUCCCAAGGAGAACACGUCCACACGACCUAAAAAAGGAGAAGCUUUCCGUAAUAAUGAUCGACAGGCGAUGGAAGAUGCACAAGUUGCGACUGAAUUGUGGAAGCUGCUUGAACCAAUCGUUCAAGAACCAUUGAGAGUGAACAAGCGGCCGAUAGGACUGAAUUCUAACAUACGGAUAUACCGAUACAGAAAAGGGCACUCGUUUGGCCCACAUUAUGAUGACAGUGUGCAAGACAAGCAUACAGGUCUAUGGACAGAAUGGACACUCCUCGUGUACUUGAAUCAGGACAUGCUGGGUGGUGAGACAGUUUUUUUCCCUGACCGGAAGACGGAUCCUCCCAUUGUUGUGAAACCACAAAGAGGUAUGGCCUUACUUCAUCGCCAUGGAACCCACUGCCUACUUCACGAGGCAAAGCAAGUGCUUCAGGGUGAAAAAUGGGUACUUCGAAGUGAUGUUGUUGUUGGUUGAAUUAUUAUUUUUUGAAAUGAACAAUGAGUCUGCAUACAAUAGAAAGAUAAAAAUAAACUGUUUUAUUUUAAGCCUCUAAGGGAGGGAAAUAGUUUAUGAAACAAAAAAGUGGUACGAAGGCCCAUAUUUAGUAGAUUGUUAUUUUCCAAAUCAUCAUCAUGUAAUCAUACUCAGUUACAAAGCGAC